AUGGCUGAGGAAGCGCACAGGGUUACGUUGAAUGUGUAUGACCUAAGCCAAGGCUUAGCACGCCAGCUCUCGGCAUCACUUUUGGGAAAGGUUAUCGAAGGUGUAUGGCAUACGGGAGUGGUUGUGUAUGGGAACGAAUACUUUUUCGGGGGAGGAAUACAGCAUUUGCCAGCUGGAACAACUCCGUAUGGAGCACCAUUGCGAAUCAUAGAGCUGGGUGAGUCACAUGUUCCUCAAGACGUGUUCGAGAUGUACUUGCAGGAGAUCAGUCCUCGUUACACAGCUGAGUCCUACAAUUUGCUUACUCACAACUGCAACAACUUCAGCAACGAGGUCGCUCAGUUCUUGGUUGGUAAAGGAAUCCCAGAUUACAUUCUCCAGCUUCCUAAUGAGGUUAUGAACAGCCCCAUGGGUGGUCUCUUAAUGCCUAUGAUACAAAACCUUGAAACGACUCUAAGAGCCGGCGCUGUUCCUCAUGCUCCACAGUUUAGGCCACAACAGCAGCCACAACCUUUUGGAGCUUUCAGCAGAGACGAAGGUCCAAAACCAUCUGAGAAAGCUUCUAAGCCUGAGGAUUCCAAAGCCUCAGCUUCAACUACGAAGGUUGCACCUGUUGCUCAACCUUCAGCUAGUAAAGAGAAGGUGAAGGAGGAUCCGUUGGGUGAUGCUAGGACCAAGAUUCAGGAAGAGAUUACUCGGGAGUUUACGGCUCUCAUGGCACAAGGCACACUACGAGCAAGCGAAGCAGCUGCUAUGGCGACUAAAAGAGUUAUGCAAAAGUAUGGUCAUCUCAAUGUAGCCGCUUAG